GCAAAAUAAUGCCAAAUCCAUUCGCACUGCCCCCAACAAGAGUCCCCUCGCAAGAAACGGUUGAUCCUGACAGCAUCACCUUCGAGGACCGCCAGAAACUGCGUGUAUUGCAGCCCUAUGAAGCAUCCGAUAGGUUUUGUCGAGCCCGUACCGGCCUCGGAAUCGAGGAGCUCGUUCAAAAGGCCGCACAAACGGAUGACUUGAGUGAACUUGAAGCCAGAAUCGUCACAGGCGGGACCGCCUGGUUGAUGGAUGAUGGAGACAAGGAAAUGACAGAUAUAAUCUUUUGGCCUGCUGAUGUUCGACAAACGUAUUACGCUGCUGUAGAGGCUAUUCUCACUGAAACAGAACGGCAAGCUAGGUUCAAUGCCCAGCAAGCUUACAAAAGAUAUAGCGAGGAGAAAAGCAAGGCAUUUAAUAAGCUUUCUGAUGCAGAUAGGAAUAACAUCAAGCGAGCAUGUCGCAUUCCCUGGGUUGCUAAUCUAGAGGAUCGGACUGAAAAGUCAUGGGAUUAUUUCCGUGCACUUCGCAACCAAGGCAAGGUGGAACCUGGACUGCGACAGGACACAUUCCUCUUUGCUGAUACCCCUGCCAUUCAAUAUGCAAAAGACCAUUGUCCACUUCCUGAACGAGGCUAUAUGAUUGCAGUGGAUGCGUCGUAUAGCGUCGAAAAGUUACCACAUUAUAUAGACGGAUUCACCGGCUCUGUGCGUGUUGCUCUGACCUCAGUUCUCACUACAUUUUAUGCGUGUCUAAUUCCACGAGGCGGUUUCGAGGAUGAACUCCCAAGUAGCAAUAUGAGACACAUGCAGACGUGGGAUGUAAUUUACAGAAAAAGUAAAUAUGAUCAUAAGGAUGGGAUAUAUCCACCAACAGCCUUUCUCAAUCAGGAAUGGGAUCUGAAUAUCUGAAUAGAAUAAUAUUGUUGAAUGUUAUUAGGUUCGAUUAGUAUGAACAUCAAUUGGCCUGAAAGAUAUUCAGCAAUUGUAACCCAGAGAAGUGGUGUCCGUCUUGUUAACGCGGCAG